AUGGAUGUGCAACAAAUCGUUGAGAGUCCAAAAAGCCAGAGCCCUAUAAAUAAGGCUUCUUCUGUUUAUCUUUCUUCUGUUAAUGCUUCUUCUCCGACCAACAUUAAUGGAAGUAAUCUUCAUGAUCAUGAUUGUCACUACUUUGAAGAAAGCGUGUCUGAAUACCCAGUUGGGUAUAGGUUUAGGCCUACUGAUCAAGAGCUUGUUGGUUAUCACCUCAGGAGAAAGGUGGCCAAUUAUAAGCUCCCAAAGAACAUGACUGCUAAUGAAGUUGAACUCUAUAAAUACAAUCCUGAGUAUCUUGCAGAAAAUUAUGAAGCACAAGGAGAAAACGAGUGGUACUUGUUCACACCAAGAGAUCGCAAAUACCCAAAUGGGGAGCGUCCAAACAGAGCUGCUGGAGAUGGUUAUUGGAAAGCUACCGGAGCCGACAAACCAGUGGUGUAUAAUGGAUUUAAAAUUGGAUUCAAGAAGUCAUUGGUGUUCUACCAAGGCAAACCUCCUGGUGGUGUUAAAACUAAUUGGAUCAUGCACGAAUAUAGAUUGAAUCAACCUCCCAAGAAAAAAGCCUCUGACAGUGACAUGAGGCUCGAUGACUGGGUUCUUUGUAAAUUAUAUAAUAAGAAGAAGACUAUCAAGAAUCCAUUAACGAAUAAAAAGAGGAAGCUACAGGAUGCUCGUGACUUUGAAAUAGUUGAAGAAGAUGGUCAUGAAGUACCCGUAAAUAAGUCUGGUAUAGAUCAUCAAACUUCAGUCUCCACCAUCAAUAAUAUUGAUGACUCCUCCACCAGUCAAAACCGUCACGUCAAUGAUCAUAAUCAUAUGAGUGCUUAUGAUCCACGUAAUCAUAUGAGUGCUUAUGAUGCAAAUAAUCAUAUGAGUGCUUAUGAUCCACAUAAUCAUAUGAGUGCUUAUGAUGCAAAUAAUCAUAUGAGUGCUUAUGAUGCAAAUAAUCAUAUGAGUGCUUAUGAUCCACAUAAUCAUAUGAGUGCUUAUGAUCCACAUAAUCAUAUGAGUGCUUAUGAUGCAAAUAAUCAUAUGAGUGCUUAUGAUCCACAUAAUCAUACGAGUGCUUAUGAUCCAAAUAAUCAUGUGAGUGCUUAUGAUCCGCAUCGUGACCCUUUCAUGGAAGAUUAUGGUGUUGAGAAUCAGCAUGAUGAUGCUUACUAUCUGUCAAACCUGAUCAAUGUCAUUCCACCACCUCCGAACAUCGAACAAUUAUGGUUUAUGAAGAAGGAUGAAGGACAAUGA